AUGAUUACGGAGAAACGACUGAGACAAGGAGUCACACCGUUUUUAUAUGAAAUAGCAGAUUGUUCUCUGGUACAGACACAAGUAAACAAAGAAAAUCAACCAUUAGAUUUAUCUGAUACGGUUCAGGGUGAUGAAGAUUUGAAUAUUUUAAUAAAAUCAAAUGAAAAAUAUGCAACUAGCGCAGUUUCUAAGCGAACCUGGGAAACUAUGUUAGACGUGCCAUCCUGCAGUUAUGAAUCUUGGCCGCUGCGUGAUGCUACUAAAGAAUAUAUAUAUAUAUUCCUUCUUUGUAAAAAACCACGGUAUUUACUUCGAGACAUUUUGGAAACGGAAAGGGAAAAUAUGAACAUCGAUGAUAUUAUAACAUCCGAAAUAAUCACGGACAAAAGCACUUCUCCCAUACAAAUCUAUUGCACUGAUAAAAGUGUGCAAGCGAGGAUUAAAUCAUCACGAGAAGAAGAGCUAAUGAUAAGAAACAAAUCAUUAGUUCAAAAAGUAUUUCAGCUCAACAAAACUGUUAAUAAUUUGAAAUCUUUAAUAAAAAUUGUAAAAUCAUAUACAGAGAACAGUGAGAUAGAAAAUAUUAUUUCAGGAAAUUUUGCUAAUAUAUGUAAAGAAUUAAAAAAAAACCACAAGGUGUGA